AAGCUUACUUCCUCCAAGAUUUUCAGUGUUGUAGUUCGUUAAUAGUAAUCCCAGCACUUGUAUAAAUACCCUUAGCUGUAUUACAUUCGAAACAAUCAAUAUUGCAUUCAUGGAAGGAAAGAAUAACAGCAGUGCUCGGGGCGGCUUACCUUCAAGCUAUAGAGGCGUUCGUAAGAGGAAAUGGGGUAAAUGGGUGUCUGAAAUUCGUGAGCCUGGAAAAAAGACAAGAAUCUGGUUAGGAAGCUUCGAGACACCUGAAAUGGCAGCCUCAGCUUAUGAUGUCGCGGCGUUACAAUUUCGGGGUGGCGAGGCACGUCUUAACUUCCCUGACUUGGUGAGCUGUCUUCCCAAGCCAGCCAGUUCCAAUGCUGAAGAUAUCCGAAAGGCAGCCCACGAGGCAGCCUCGUGGGUCAGGACUAAUGCGGUUGUACCCGACACUGGAGGCUCCAGCAGCAGCACCGGUCCGGUCACGGUGAGGCUGUCGCAGAGCCAAAUUCAGGCUAUCAAUGAGUCCCCUAUGGACUCUCCCAAGAUGUGGAUGCAAAUGUCGGAGGCAUUCAUGAUGGAUGAAGCAAUGAUGUUUUGCAAUGAGAAUAAGGAGAAUGAGUGGGAAGAUAUGCAAGUUGAUUCUCUUUGGGAUACUUAGGUAAGUAAAUAGUAUACUACUAGCAAAUACGUAUAAACAAACAUACAUAUAUAUAUAGUUAUACAGCAAGAAUAAUUGCUUCUUCUUUUCUUUUUACAUGUAUGGAAAAACACGAGUGGUGGUUUAUGAUUAGCACAUCAGAAUUAGAGCAGACAGGUGAGAGCUGAGAGGAUAAUUGGUUUUAUUUGAUGGAAUAGCCACUUGUUCUUAGCGGCGGGGUCCCAUUUAAUUGCGAACACGAUUGGAUGGAUCUUUCAUCCUCCAGUGCCUAUAAUUUAUCUUCUUCAAUCUAUCGAAGGACCAUCAUCUCACGUAUUGGCUGCUUAUUUAAAUGAUAGUAUAUAUAUGAUUGUGUUUAAUAUUUUUAAGAUUUUCGAUUAUGAUCACAAUAUAUUUUUUGAUAUUUGUAUUUUCUAUUUCGGUGGGGACUUUUACUUUCUUCGACUUUUUAUUUA